GUGCGUGGGUUCCCUACUCAGUGCAAACAACAAAGAUGGCUGCGGAGAAGGUUGAGUUCACAGACUUGCCCCUCAAGAGACAGAGGGAAGAAGAAGAGCAACAACAAAAUGGUGUCUCUGAGACUGUUUCCAAUGAGCCUCAACCUCUUGGUAUAUCUGCUGUUAUUCCUGGUUGGUUCUCUGAAAUCAGCCCAAUGUGGCCCGGGGAGGCACACUCCUUGAAGGUGGAAAAGAUUUUGUUUCAAGGAAAGUCUGAUUAUCAGAAUGUCAUGGUCUUCCAGUCAUCAACAUAUGGUAAGGUUCUUGUUCUGGAUGGAGUCAUUCAGCUCACAGAAAGGGAUGAGUGUGCCUACCAAGAGAUGAUCACUCAUCUUCCUCUUUGCUCUAUUCCUAGUCCCAAAAAGGUUUUGGUUAUUGGUGGAGGAGAUGGUGGAGUCCUACGUGAAGUUUCACGCCAUUCUUCAAUAGAGAAAAUAGACAUUUGUGAAAUUGACAAGAUGGUUGUUGACGUGUCCAAACAGUUUUUCCCUGAUAUAGCAGUAGGUUUUGAUGAUCCACGUGUGACACUUCAUAUCGGUGAUGGAGUUGCAUUUUUGAAAGCAGUUCCAGAAGGAACUUAUGAUGCAGUUAUUGUGGAUUCAUCUGAUCCAAUUGGUCCUGCUCAAGAGCUUUUUGAGAAGCCUUUUUUUGAGUCGGUUGCAAGAGCUCUCCGUCCAGGAGGAGUUGUGUGUACUCAAGCAGAAAGUAUAUGGCUUCACAUGCAUAUAAUAGAGGAUAUUGUGGCUAAUUGUCGCCAGAUAUUCAAAGGUUCUGUUAACUAUGCUUGGACCACAGUUCCUACAUACCCAAGUGGGAUGAUUGGUUUUAUGCUUUGCUCAACUGAGGGGCCUUCUGUGGAUUUCAAGCAUCCAGUGAAUCCUAUAGACGAGAAUGAUAGUCAGAAGUCAGCUAGACCAUUGAGAUUUUACAACUCUGAGAUUCAUUCAGCAGCUUUCUGUUUGCCAUCUUUCGCCAAAAGGGCAAUUGCUUCUAAAACAAAUUGAGAAUAUUUUGAUGAGACUAAGGAGCAUAUAUGGCUGGCUGUAAACAUACAUCUUUUCAAUUGGUCCAUCUAUCAAUGAACCGUGGAAUAAGUUAAGAGCUUCAAGAUGACAUCACAUAGCAACUUUAAUUUCAUGAAAUGAGUUGUAGAUGGUGGAUUAAGUUAUUAGAAACUUUCUUCAAAAACUUUAUUGACUCUAUGGAACUUUUGUUAGCAGUUAAGGAACUUUUUGUUUAAUGCCAUAUAUUUGCUUUUAUAUAUUUGACAUUAGUUCGGUGUUUUUUUGUGG